CGUUGCAUUAUCGUGGGAAAAACAGGUGACUUUUUUAUUGGUAUUGAGCCAAGCUCGAUAUCAGUUGUCAACUACCACCAAAAAUAUCACCGGUUUAGAGUGAGAGAAAAAUGGGGGAACAGAGCAUAGAAACUCCAUUUUUGAAAGCGGCAGAAGAUUGCAAAAGCAGGAACAGAUGGAGAACAGCAAUUUGGUUCUUCAUUUCACUUACAGCCCUAAUUUUUAUCUGCUUCGCAUCGAGUCUAGAUUGGAGAGUACAAGUAGGCGAUGCGUUGAAGGGACAUAAAGCUACCAAUAAGGUACAAUCGAGCGAUGAAGUUGAGUCGUGGAAAGCAGUGGUUGCAGCCGAUGAUGCCCGGUGUUCGGAGAUUGGUGCAUCGGUUCUUAACGACGGAGGUCACGCCGUCGAUGCUGCGGUGGCGGUUGCUCUGUGUGGUGGCGUUGUGAAUCCGAUGGCUAGUGGUAUCGGUGGUGGAGGGUUUAUGGUUGUUCGAUCUGCAGAUACGUCGGAAACCCUCGCGUUUGAUUUCAGGGAAACUGCUCCGGCGGCUGCCACGCAGAACAUGUAUCAAAACGACAUAACAACCAAAUAUUCCGGACCACUAUCCAUGGGUAUACCCGGUGAGGUGGCGGGUCUACACAAAGCAUGGCUAAAACACGGUCGAUUACCCUGGAAUUCCUUAUUCCAACCCGCUAUCCACCUAGCCAAACACGGGUUUCAAGUCGCUCCAUAUCUAGCCAAUUCAAUCUCAAGCAAUUCCGAUUCAAUCAAAAAAGACCCGGGAUUACGAUCCGUGUUUGCGCCAGGUGGCAACCUUUUACAGGCCGGUGACACGUGCUAUAAUAUCCAACUUGGUUUGAGCUUGGAAGCCAUAGCAGAAGGAGGUCCCGAUGCGUUGUAUGAUGGUGUGGUUGGUGAGAAGUUGGUUGAUGAUGUUGAGUCUGCAGGUGGGAUUUUGACUAUGGAGGAUUUAAGAAAUUAUGAAGUCAAAGUUACGAAUGCUGUUGAGGUUAAUACAAUGGGGUUUACUAUUUUUGGUAUGCCACCUCCGUCAGGUGGUACACUUGGGAUAGCUCUGGUUUUAAAUAUUUUGAACGCAUUUGAGAACACAAAUGAUGCAAAGGGAGCAUUGGGUUUACACAGAUUAAUUGAAGCAAUAAAACAUAUGUUUGCUUUACGGAUGAAUUUGGGAGACCCGGAUUUUGUGGAUAUAAGUAAAACCGCAUCACAAAUGCUUUCCCCUUCAUUUGCAAAGAAAAUUCAAAAAAGAAUUCUCGACAACACUACUUUCCCUUCAGAAUAUUACUUGCCCAGGUGGAGUCAAAUUGAAGACCAAGGUACAAGUCAUUUUUGCAUAGUGGAUGCAGAUAGAAACGCGGUAUCGAUGACCACCACCGUAAACUACCCAUUUGGUGGCGGUGUUUUAUCUCCGGCAACCGGAAUUGUUCUAAACAAUGAAAUGGGUGAUUUUUCGGUGCCUACAGAAAUCUCAUCCGACAGCCUCCCACCUUCCCCUACAAAUUUUAUUAAACCUAACAAGAGACCAUUGUCUUCCAUGACUCCAGUCAUCGUCACCAAGGGUGGUCAAUUGGUUGGGGUGAUUGGAGGGAGUGGUGGGAUGUAUAUAAUUCCAGCUGUUUUAGAGGUGUUCCUUAAUCACUUUGUAUUAGGAAUGGAGCCUUUAAAUGCUGUUCAAUCUCCAAGAGUUUACCACAAGUUGGUACCGAAUGUGGUGUACUAUGAGAACUGGACAGUGAUUGAUGGUGAUCAUAUCGAGUUAUCGGAUGAAAGAAAAGAAUUUUUAAAAGAGAGAGGACAUGUAUUACAAUCAAAAUCAGGGGGUGCUGUGUGUCAAUUAAUUGUUCAGAAUUUAAAGAAAAAAAAAUUAUUUUAUAAUAAAAAUGAUAAUAAAGAGGUUUUGAGAGGGAUGCUUACGGCUGUGAGUGAUCCAAGGAAAGAUGGUAGGCCGGCUGCUUGCUGACGUCAUCUCUUGUGACAAUGUAAAAUUAUAGAUACUGAAAAAAAAAAAAAAA